AUGUUUCGUUUGUACACUUUUCUUCUCUGCGUUCUAAUAUCACAAGCACGUUUUAUUCGUUUUUAUGACGAUUUUGGUGAAGUGUUUCGCAAUAUACCAGAUGAAAAUCGUCUCACAUUUAACAGUCGUGAAUGGUCAUUGAUUAAUGGUGAUUCAAUUUCAAUUUUAAAUGUCGAAAAUCUCGAACGUGAUUUUGUUUACCACACAUUUCCCAAUUUUGAUGUUGAAGGUACACGUUAUCUAUAUCGUCGUCAUAUAAAACAAGAUGAACCUGUGGAAAUUGAAUUGGUACGUGCUGCCGAUCGUCUGUUUCGUUAUGUUAGCCAACCAACUCGUUAUUUUUAUUUACCAUCAUUUGAUAACGCAUUAUUAGAAUAUUUGGAACACCCACCGAGAGCACCGUUUUACGAAGUCAAGUUUACAUAUAAUCAAACAUUAAAUAAAUAUGAAUUAUCACAUGAUGCAAAUCUUCAAUUAUUAUUUAAAACAUCACCAAUUUUGACAUAUAUUGAUAAAUCAUUUUCAUGGGCACCAAGAUAUACACUUGACAUGUAUAGUUUUGACAAUGGAAGAUUUAUGGCAUGGGCAAAUUUGGUGAACAAUGGUGAAAAAAAUGUUAGAAUGGAACGAGCAGAACUGAAUGCUGGUGAUAUCAAAUUGUUGAAUAGAGUAUCUGUAGAUAGCUCGCGUUCUGGAAUGAUGGCGAUGGCGUUCGCUAGCCCUAUCAAAAGCGAUCCAAUUGUUGUUCAAGAAAGUGGCGAACUAUAUGGUACAUACGUCUACAAUAUUAAUCAACCGAUUCAACUGGAACCAAAAUGUACAGUAUCAGUACCAUUUAUCAAACCACAAGUACAAAUUAAACGUUUUGCACUUUAUUCAACAUCAUUUACAACUGUAAAUUCUAAAGACAAAUUAUGCAAAUGUUAUCGAUUGAAAAGUGAUAAGUUUAUUCCUAAAGGAGUUUUAUCUAUUCGUGAACAAGGUCGUAUUGUGGGUGAAGUAGCAGUGCCAGAUAUCAGCGCAGGAGAAGAAUAUGAUGUUGAAUUAGGGAAAGAUGCUGACAUUGGAUUUUAUCGUCAAAUUAGCAUUGAAUCAGCAUCAAAAGAACAAACAGUGUACAAAGUUGAAGUAACACUUGAGAAUAAAAAAUCACAUGAUAUUUUCGUGAAAUUUCAAGAAAAACUUUUUGGUAAAUAUUCAGUGGAUAAAAUAUCAACAACAUUAUUACAACAGGCAUUAAAUACAGAUUUGAUUUUGAAAGGAAAUGAAUUGACUGGAAAAUUCCUAUUAGAUCAAAAUACGAAGAAAGUAAUAAGAUUUGAAGUAACAAUUCAACAUGAAACAAGUGGUUACAAACCGUAUUAG